AUGGUGACGGCGGGAAUGGCGGGAAAGCGGCGGGCGAUGGCGGCGGCCAUGAAGCGGCGGCGCGAGGAGGCCCCGGGGCCGGGGCAGGACACGGAGCGGGAGCAGGAGCGGGGUUGCCUGCGGUUCUGGGCCGCCCACAGCUGGGCGCUGGCCGAGCGCUGGACGGCAGCGCGGGCUGCGGGGCCCAGCGGGGCGGCGGAGGCGCGGGAGCAGCGGCGGCGGCAGCGAGACGCGUUCGAGGAGCUGCUCCUGAGCAUCCGCGGGCUGCCGGUUGCCCUCCCUACCCUGCCUCUGGAACUCACUGUCCUCUACAACUCCCUGCUUUUCACUUUGGGAGCAUCCGACUCUGCCAUCGAGGGACAACCAGAUGGAAUACGCCAGGGGCUCCUCAGGGUUCUGGAGGCUUGUGGGGCCUGUGGACAGGAUCUCAGCACAGAGGAGCUGUGGCAAAAGGUGCUGCAGGAGGUAACAGUGGAGGAGCUGCAGGCACCUCUGCACCGACUGGGGGCCCUGCAGGCAGCCUGGUGGUUGGCAGCCGGACGCCUGGGAAGCAUUGCUGGCCUAUUCCGGCUCCUGAGCACUGCUGAGGACACAGGAAGAGGUCGCUGCAGUGAGGGGCAGAAUGAGCUCCUGUCCCUGCUGAAGACAUGGCAAGUCCCUGCUGAGGGGGUCUGCCUACCUCUGGUACAGAGUGCUGAGGACUUGAAGGAGAUCCUCUGCACUGCAGCAGCCUUCCUGCAAGGGCUGCAGGAGCUGGAGGCUGGGAACUUCCCCACUGCCCUCUCCCUCCUUCAGGAAGCUGCAAGAGGAUUCUGCUCCAAGAAAGUCGUGGCUCAGAUCUACACCUGCCUCGGCUGCUGUGCCCAGCGAAUGGGCAAGCCUCAGACAGCCCUUCAGCACCUGAAACGGGCCCUCCAGGUCGACUUCCAGUGCCUCUCUGCCCUGUCCCAUGCGGCAGCAGUGUACCAUGAACUGGGAGAGAUUGAUACAGAGCUGCAGGCCCUGGCUCUGCUCUGCGAGGCUCUGAAAAAAAAACCUCCAGCAGCUGCUUCCUCCAGUCCCAAUAUCCUAAUCCAAACAGAGCUGCUUGUCCACACGCCAACACUCACUUCUCUCCUUCGCCAUCGCCACCCCUCUGAAGUGAAGUACCUGCUGGCACAGCGGUGUCUCCAGGGUGGGAGGGUGGCUGAUGCAGUGGAACAUUACCUGGAUUUUCUGGCUCUGCUUCAGGACGGUCUCCAGCAGCAGGUGCCCCUGGAUGGUAGCUCAACUCUGCCCAGGAUCCCAGAGGUUUUCCUGGAAGCAGCAUCCGCCUUGGAGCAGGCUGGGAGGCACCAGGAUGCCAUAACCGUGUGCGAAGAGGUCAUCAGACGGACGACUGACCUGAUCCCACGGAUGUUACGAGAGGAGGAGAGGCUGGAGCAGCCAGAGUGCCCAUCGCCAGGGGCAGGGCUGGCGGGGGAACUCUUGUCCCAGAAGAAGGAGAGUCUGUGCUGCCUUGCCUGGAGAACAGCUGGAUACCUGCACCAGGGCUGGGCAUGGGCCAAGCUGGGCGAGAGCAAGGAGGCCAUAACGCAGUUCAGCAGGUGCCUCGGCGAUCUCCUGCGAGUCCAGCUUCGUGGGCCUGGCACUGAACCAAUAGAGAAUGUCCCGCCAGAGGUGGAGGUGCUCCAGAAGAUCAGGUUGCUCUCUCUCAUUGGGCGAGGUACACAGUUUCUGGAGCUGGGGAGGCACAAAGAAGCCCUACUGGACUUCCAGCAUGGUUUGCAUAUCUCUCCAGGUGACCCAGCUGCUGCCUCCUACCUGGUGCAGGCCUUGUGGAAACUGGACCGAAAGCAGGAGGCAGCUGCUCAGUGGCAGAAGUUGUCCCAGAGCUCUCCUGGGGAGCAGGAAGGGAAGGGAAGGCCCCUCCCUUUGUACUUGGUUUCGUGUCUGGAGCAUGCCAUGUUCCCACACAGUGAAACUCUUGCCAGCACCAUACAAGAUUACCUCGAGACAGCAGCCCAGGACACCUCAAGCUGACCUGGUCAGUCUCCAGGCUGGCACAAAGCCUUUAAUCACUCUUUCAAGACUCAGAAUUACUGUUGGAUAAAACUUGAUUCCCAAAGGACUAAAACAGAUC